GAUUUUUUUUUGUGUUAUUUUUAUUUAAAGGCUUAAAGUGAAAUAGGAAGAAAAGAAAAUGAUUAACAAAACAAUACUGCUGUUACUGCUGCAUAUGAUUAAGAUGACUUACUCAGAGUAUGGGUCAACCAAUGUAAUGAUUGACACAGAUACAGUUAUUGAAACAAUAUCCGAUAGAUUCCUUAGUGUUACAUUAGAUACAUCAACUAUACAGGCUAAUUGGGCAACACUCAACCUCAGUUCUCCAAAGGUACAGGUUUUAGCCAAAGCUUUAUCACCAUGUUAUUUACGUGUUGGAGGAAGCUCAGCAGAUUACCUUCAGUUUAAUCAAUCGUCUGAGAGUGAAAGAUACCCAAAAGUGUCUAAAGAAUUCAUGUUCACAGACCAUAUAAACAACAAACUGACCAAUUUUACUAUGAUACCAAGACAGUGGGAUGAACUGAAUGGUUUUGUAGAAAUGGUUGGAUGGGAUCUUAUAUUUGACCUCAACUCACUUCUUAGACAGAAUGAACAAUGGCUACCAGAUAAUGCUAAACUACUUAUGGAUUAUACAACACAGAAAGGAUAUAAAAUUGCAGGAUGGGAACUAGGCAAUGAACCUGAUGUUUAUAGAGAUGUAGGUAUUAACAUAACAGGAGCCCAGAGAGCCAAGGACUACAACAUACUACACAGCCUCCUCAACCACUACUCACAAUGGAAAAAUAGUGUUGUUAUAGGUCCUAGUGUUACAAUGUUGGUCAAACAAAUUAGUAGGAAGUAUUUACAAGAUUUUGUUGAUGCAGGAGGACCAGAUAUAGUAACAAAUCCUACAUUCCAUCACUAUUAUGCCCAUGGUCCAUCAAUGACUGUCCCAAAGUUUAUGUCACCAGACAUUCUGAGUAAUCUCCCCUGGCAGAUAAAUGUUGCAAAGAAGAUAGCUCCAUCUCCUUUAUAUGGCAAAUUCUGGUUAGGUGAAACAAGCUCAGCCUGGGGAGGAGGAGCUGCUGGAUUGAGUGACAGAUAUGUUGCAGGAUUUAUGUGGCUAGAUAAACUAGGUAUAUCAGCAUCAUUAGGAGUGGAUGUGGUAGUAAGACAGACAUUUUAUGGUGGAAAUUAUGGUCUGAUUGAUACAAAGACUUCAAACCCUAAUCCUGAUUUUUGGUUGUCUUACCUUUACAAGAAGUUAGUAGGACGGUCUGUGUUUAAUGUGACAAUGGAGGAUAAAACAGGAUAUGUUAGGAUGUAUACUCACUGUACUCAUACUCAAAGAAGUGAUUACAAGCCAGGUAGUAUUACAGUAUAUGGUAUGAACCUCAGAUCAGAACCAACAACAAUUGUAUUCCCACAGUUUAAACCUGAUGUCAAACUACACUUAUACCUGAUGGAACCUGUUGGUGUAGAUAGCCUUAAGUCUCAAACAGUUGCUUUAAAUGGUAGAACUUUGACUCUGAAUCCUGAUUUUUCAUUACCAAGUAUGGACUAUCCUGAAGUUGUUAGUUCUAAUUUUACAUUCCCCCAAGAGUCUUUUGGGUUCAUUGUUAUACCUGAAGCUAAUGUUGCAGCUUGUAAAGUGAGCAGUUGAUGAAAAUAAAAACAUAACUAGAACAGAUGAUAAAAUAAAAAAAAAAGUCCAGUUGUAUUAGAUAUGUUUAAGAAGAUUUAUAGCUUACAUCUGAACAGUAGAAAAGUUUUCCAAAGAUUGCCAUUGGUAUUACAAAUAAUAGUUUUUCUGUCAAAGUUUUUUUCUGCACAACAUCCUAUAAAACAUCAUAGUUGUAUAUGAUAAUGUACAUGGUACCAUUUUGCAUGGAUUUAUGAAAUAAAAAACUGCAUUUCAGUGGUGCUCAAAAUGUUAAUAAUGUUUAUUUUUGUGUUCAUGAUUCUUUGUUUAUUGUUACCAGUAAUAUAAAGUGAUUUUUAAACAAUAUUUUGCUUGGUAUGUUUUAAUGUUUUAAAAUUGUAAAAGCACUUCACAACAGAAUAUUGUUGGCACAGAGAAAACAUUAAAACUUGUUUGAUGAUAUUUUCAUUUUUGUAGUAACUACUUAAUAAAAACUGUCAGUCACUUUGCACAUCAAACUUUAUCUCUAAGUUCUUAUAUCUGAAACAAAACCACUUAGUAUGCAUUAUUAAUUUGUUAAUUGUACAUGUAGAAGAAUUGGUUUUCAAUAAUUUUUUAACAAAUGUGAAGUUUAUGACAUUUAGUCUUGAUUGGUAGACAGAGCUUAUACCACUUAAAAAACUAGAGAAAUUGAUGGAUCAGGGUUGCAUUCAAUGUCGUAGCAUCUACAUAGGGCUUAGUAGACUUUUGACUACUGAAUGUGAAGCUCGCCUCGCUGCUAUAUAGAUAGCAGCUAGGCUAGCUACAUGUUCAGUUGUCCAAAAAUCUAUGUAGCUUCUACAAUAUUAAACGCAACCCUGCCUUAUGUCUUCAUAUUGCAAACAUUGAAAUAAAUAGGUAUUUUACAGUUGGGGUUAAGUUUUCAACUGGCAACCCUUACAAUUGUAUGCCUAAGUAUAAUGUUACAUUCCAAUUGAUGCUUUUUUUCCUUCUGUUUGUCCCGCUGCGAUAUAGCCUUUUUGUGCUGAUGUAGCUUACAGCCAUCACCAAUCAAUCAAUCCUUUUGUUUGACCUUGUGCAUAUUUAAUUCUAAUACCAAUUUGUUCACUUUAAUAUUUUGUUCUAUCGGGUAUAUAUUUAUCAUAAAGAAUUUAGAGAACAUCUGAUUAUCUUGCCAGCAUUGUUUUUGUUUAUUUUUUUAUGUGUUUUUGCAUAUUCUGUAUUAUGUGCUACAUGUAUGUAUUGAGUUAAGAUUAAUUGUAUAUUAUUUUUCCUGGAGAAUAUAUUUUAUAUGAUAUGACAGGUAGUUCAACAUAUAUUGUGUGUUGCAUUGAGUGUGAUAUUUUUUCUAUGCAUAAUAUCCAGAUAUUUACUUUUACUAUUAUUGUUUAUAAACUCAGAUCUAAAGAUCUAGUCAUUAUUUUCUUUUGUAUUAAGAAUAAUUUUAUCAGAGAUCUCUUGCUAGUGUAUUGUCUUUAUAACAUGUAAAGAAUAAUUUUAUCAGAGAUCUGUUUCUAGUGUAUUGUCUUUAUAACAUGCCAUGCAUCACUCUUUUUUGCAGACAAGAUAUUUUGAUUUAAGAAAAUCUCUUUUCAUGUCAAAAGUUUUCUAAUAGUUAUCUCCCAUUUGGAAUAUAUUAUGUUUUAUUUGUAAUAUUUUCUUUAUUUUCUGGGUCCUCAAUGCUAUUAAAUUCUAACAUAAUUUUGUAACUAAUAAAACAAAUGCUCUGCACAAGAAAUAGAAAUACACGAUGUAUACAGACCUUGACGGCAUUAUCUCAGUGUUAAGACUUGUUUAAAUGUGCAAGUGGAAGUAACUUUUUGAGAGAAUGAAAACCAUUAUUAUAUGUGACACGUUGAAUAUUUAUUGAAACAUGUUUUUGCUAUUUCCAAAUAUAUAUUUUUAUACAACAUAUGUUUUAUAGAUUAUUUAUUGGCCCAUCACUUUAGGGAAUAUUUCCUAUAAUUAUUUGAAAUAAAACAUAUCUUAAUUAUU